GUCCUUGGAGUGGCACAAAUCUACGCAAUCACCCAAAGAGCUGAACUCAAUGGCGAAGGCUUAAAUGCAGGAUCAGGAUUGAAUUUGAAGAAUGGCAGGCCUGGUCUGGUAUUUGGAUAGCACGUCUAAUCCCUCACAGACACACAAGGGAUUUGUGUUGUAGUAGCGUCACAUCGGAUAUAUCUGAGCUCAUACCAAGCGUCCCGCUUCCACAGAGACCAUGUACUGCCUCCAGUGGCUCCUCCCGGUCCUCUUGAUCCCCAAACCCUUAAAUCCAGCCCUGUGGUUCAACCACUCCAUGUUCAUGGGCUUCUACCUGCUCAGCUUCCUGUUGGAGAGGAAGCCGUGCACCAUUUGUGCCUUAGUCUUCCUGGCGGCGCUGUUUCUCAUCUGCUACAGCUGCUGGGGAAACUGCUUUCUGUAUCACUGCCACGAUUCUCCACUGCCGGACUCAGCACACGACCCCAGCAUUGUGGGCACCUAGACUCUUUGUUUUUCCCCACACACACACACACAUACCCUGGAUGGUGAGGCGCCAGGAAUGCUGGGACGUUUCAGUAGUUUCUACCCACUUUGAUGCUGUAUGCGCCGCCUUCGAUCCCUGACUUGAAUCUCCUUUAGCGCGGCGGUGCAGGAGGGCGUCUGAAGCUUGCAUGGGUUUCAUUCUCGUUGUGUUUGGUACACAUUCUUUCAUUUCUGGAUGCUGAAUUUUUCCAAAGGGGUAGAUGAUGAUGAUGAUGUGUGCGAGAGUGUGUGUAAACGUUUGUAUAUUGCGAUUUUUGGGUUUCUGUUCAAGUGUCAAUAAUCAGUAUGAGUCUCCUAAGUGUUACGCGGAUGAAUUCGGUCACAGGUUGAGCUGAAGGUGUGUGUGUGCUUCUACACUGCUGAGAUCGCUCAAAUGCUGUCAACACUUUUAAUUCAAUAAAGUUUCUAAUGAUCAGA